AUGUGUUUUGCUACUGGCUUCAUUAGUGUUGGAACAAGCGCUCCUGGUCGGGAAAAUGAAGAUCUUGAGCUUGAUCUUUCAAGCUUAGGAGCUGUUAAUACAAUAUUCGCCGCCCUGUUCAAUAAGCUUGGAGUUCAAAUCAAGACAACUGUCUCAGCAAAUUUAUUGGAGGAAGCGCUGAAUGGUACGGUCUACUUUGCCUCUUACUGUUGGGCAAGUUGUUUCCAGGUUGAAAAACAAUCGGCUCACUUUUAUUUUGUUACGUUAACAGAAGAAGAAGCUCAUGCCGGAUUGAUCUGUAAAGUGCAGUCAUCUGCUAAGAACAAAUUCAAGUUGCUUUACUUUGAUCAAGAAGAGAAUGGAGGACUGAGCUUGGCCCUACAGGUAGACAGCAGGAAGACAGGAAAGCUCUCGACUGCAGGGUUAUACUUUUUCGGCUUUCCUGUUUACCGUUUCGAUCACAGGGUUUAUAUUCAUCUCUUAUGUGCUACAUUGUUUGAUGUUGCAGCAAAUUUCCAAGUUAAGUUAUGA